AUGGCGGGAGAGGCAAGCGCUGAUAUCCCGACAGACGCAUCACGAGAUAUCCUCAGGCGAAUCCGCGACCACUUCGAGGCAUUCUGGAGGAAGCUGGUGGGUAAGCUGCAUUUGCGAGCCACACCAAAAUCUCCUACCUUCACAAAGCAGUCGACGCUACCCAACUCCCAGAAGGUGAACUGGCGCACGCAUAGCCGCCCUAGACCCACACUCACCCGGGCACGCAGGCCUGCUCGCCAACCCUACCGCAGCUCCACCACACGCCAGCCCGGCUCAUACCGACCACACGCUCCCAAUACAUCCUGGCGGAGACGGCACACGCCACAGCACCAACUACAGGCACAAAGGCGACACAGGGGACAAGGCCCAGGAAGAGAUCCUCGCUACCCGACAACAGCCAAGAUGCAGCGAUGUUCAGGAUUUUGGGACUGGCAGUACAAGGGCAAAAGGAAUAGUGCGGGACUCUUGGGGCAAAAUGCAGCUUGGCCCCAAAGGGGAAUUGGCUAA